GCGACACUCAGCGCUAUACGAAUAACAAAAGAGAGCCUCAAAUGCGUUGCGUUGCGAAAGGAAAUGCCACUGCCAAGGUCCUGAUUCUUGGCAACUCCAUUGCUUAUAGAGCAUACCCGUUGAUUCACAAUAUACUCAAAGGACGCUAUCGCAGCCUCAGGCUUUAUGCAAGAGGCGGAUGCCCAUCUUUAUCGAACUGGUGUGCAGAUUUCACAAAGGCAACGAGGAAAGUUGUGCAACAUGAAAAGCCAGACAUUGUA